AUGAAGAAUCUGUACCACCGUCUCCUGCUAGUAAUUGCUGGCUCGACCCAGAAAGAACUGGCCUCCCAGAUCCGCUACCUCAAGAUCGAGAACGAGAUCCUACGCUCCAAGCUGGGACCGCGUGUUUCCGUGACCCAUAAGGAACGGAACAGGCUCGUGAAGUUCGGCUCGAAGCUUGGAUCGGCGCUGGGCGAUCUGGUGACGAUCGUUCACCCCGAUACACUACGCCGCUGGAUUCGCGAAGCGGGGAAGCCUGGGAAGAAGACACCCGUCAAAAAGGGACGGCCGCGAACGAAAAGUGACGUACGCGAACUCAUCAUCAGAUUCGCCCGCGAGAACGACUGGGGCUACACCCGGAUCAUGGGUGAACUCAAGAAGCUCGGCAUCAAGCCGCCGUCGCGAAAUACGGUGAAGAACAUCCUCAAGGAGAAUGGCCUGGAGCCUGGACCGAAGCGUGGUGCCGGUACCUGGGAUGAGUUCCUAAAAAUCCAUGCGACCACGCUCUGGCAAUGCGACUUCUAUGCGAAGAAAGUGUUGACCAUCAAGGGCUUUCGAGACUUGUUCCUCCUGGUGUUCCUGCACGUCGAAAGCCGCCGGGUAUUCAUCGCCCCCUCGACGUUCCAUCCGAACGAAGCAUGGGUGCGGGAGCAGGCCCAUGUGUUCCUGAAGUACGUUGCAGGAGCUGGCAUCGAGACGACGAUUUUCAUGCACGACCGCGAUACAAAGUUUACGGCGUUAUUCGACGAAGUCCUAAAAUCGGCGGACGUGGCAGUCAAGAAAGCCGAGUAUCGUUCGCCCAAUACCAAUGCGUUCGUGGAGCGGUUCAUUCAGACUCUGCAGCAGGAAUGCCUGGAUCACUUCAUCGUUUUUGGUGAGAAACACAUGGACUAUCUUGUGUCCGAGAUGGUUACGCAUUAUCACGAGGAACGACCGCACCAAGCGAAGAACAACGCCCCAGUGCAUUUUGGCACCCCGACUUCUUCGACGAAGAAAGGUAGGUGGAAGAAGAAUAAACCGCCGCCCGAUUUCGUGCCUGUGUCGCAGAUCGAAUGUCGCGAACGACUUGGCGGAUUGCUCAAGCACUAUUAUCGACCUCGAAGGCAAUCUGCUCUCUAUGACGCAGACGGCAUGACCAGGCGUCGCUGGGAACCACAGUCAUGGUUCUCAGCGACGCCCAAGGUCGCCACUGGCUAUUUCGAUUGA